CCCUUUGAUAUUCAAAUGCCUGUGUCAGCACAAUUUAAAGCAGAUGCUGAAUACUCAAGUGAACUCCUAUGCUUAUGUAAACAUGAUAGCAGAGUUCAAUUACGAUACCACUUUCUUAAUAACUUUACCAACAAUGAUUUCUUGACUAGGAUGACGUCAUGGAUACAAUUUCAAAAUGUAUCAUUCGCAUUUCAUACGUCUGGUAAACCUCCAAUGUUUACAAUUUAUUUCAAUACGUCACAAUGCGACGUGUUGGAAAAUAUUACCCAAAAAAUCUAUCAACAGAUCAAUAGCGAGAAUAGAUAUUUGUUUGAAAAUAUUACAAUACUGCAGGCGUGUAUAAAUUCAAAAAACAACAUGACGGUACACAAUGAUUACGAAAUUUGUAAUGAUCUGGAGUUAAAUGUGGAUAUGUUAAAUAUUAAGAAAGGGAAUGAAUCAGUAACAGUAGCAGACGAAAAUAAAACUUUCACAAUAUCAGACAGUGAUUAUCGAGUGGAAAUGACGUUUAAUAUUGAAAGCGAACCAGCAAAGGCGAUUAGAGUCAGUAUAUCAAAUUGUCUUGAUCGGUCACCCGACCCAACAUGUCCUCUCAUUGCUCUGAACAUCAACGAUUUUGAAGUCAUGGAAAAUACAAGUUGGAUGUACAAGCCGAACGGUCGUGUGUUUACAAUUGAUGAGAUUGCAGUAUUUUCUAACGAUUUUGUUUUUGUCUGCUCUUUCUUUUCUCAAAACGGAACGAAUACAUAUGUAUCAACCAUUUUCAUUUAUGAUAAAGCCUUGCAGAUUUUGAACGUCGUUGGCGUCUCUUGUUCACUCCUUGGUCUGUUUUUGACAUUUAUUAUACGUUGCAUUAAAAAAGACCUCCGGACAAUUUCUGGUAAAAUUGUAAUGAAUAUUGCGGCGGCAUUGUUUCUGGCACAGCUUGGGACGUUGUUUGCAAAAAGUUUAGUUGAAUCCGACCUGGGGUGUAUUGCUCUGGCUGCACUUUUGCAUUAUAUGUGGUUGGUGGCGUUUAUGUGGAUGUUUAUAAUGUCAAUAGUAUUGUUCAAAUCGUUCCGCUCUUUAAAAUCAGCUGUAGAGCAUCGAAGUGGAAAAAAAUCUAUUACAAUGCCUUUCUUUUGUUGUUGGGGACUUCCCGCUUUGGUUGUCGCUGCCGCUAUGACUCUUCAUAUUUGGGAAUACGCACCUAUCAAAUUCUCAUACGGUGACGAAACAGUUUGUUGGAUACGCGAUGAGUUUGCUGCCUUCAUGUUCUUAGGUAUUCCCAUGGCAACGAUCUUUGCUUUAAACAGCAUUAUGUUUGUCGUUAUAGUGUGCGGGAUUUACAAAACUAAAAUGAGCUCUAAAAAGAUGCGAGGAGCUUCUACAAAGAAAGAUAUUUUUACUAAUCUCAUCAUAUUUGCAAAGAUUUCGUGCAUUAUGGGAUUGACUUGGAUCUUUGGGUUUCUUGCUUCAUUCGUCGACGAACCAUUCCUUUGGUAUAUCUUCGUGAUAUUGAAUAGUUUCCAAGGAGUGUUCAUAUUCAUAUCAUUCAAUUCAACACUUGUGGCGGCGCUGUUCAGAAGAAAGCAAGCCACUAAUAUUACCAAUACGUAAUAGUCUGUGAUUUCUGGACUACUAGUGUCCACAUUUACUUAAUCAGCAUUUGUGCAAGUUAAGAUCUUACUUGAGUUCAAAAUAGUUGAAAUGGAAGUUUUCUUUACUGGAUCCUGACAAUUUUAUAAAUAAUUGCUAUUUCCUUUGAAUGCAUGAUAUACACGUCGUAUAUAUGCCAUUUACUCACCUUCGCACAGCCAAAAAUUGUCUUUUCUUUAUAAUUGUUGAUAUAAUCAGCGGGAUUUGAUACUGUAAAAAAACUCCAUUGGUUGAAAUAUAUGUCAUUUAGAUUCACCGUUAGGUGUCGAACGUGCAUCACUUUAUAUUAGCAACAAACAAUAAAUUAAAUUGUUUAAUAGUUGUUAUUCAAUAAAGCUAGGUCUGUUAUACAAUUUGUAAUUGUUGUAGGCCAUAUUCAUUACUUUUGAUAUAGGCUUAAUAGUUUAUAGCAGUUUCGAUUUGUGACAGAUAAUUAUGUUUAAUAAUAGAAAAAUAAUGGUAACAAUACUUAUGGGCAUAAAGGUAAUUUUAAAUAUACAGUAAUAUGAGUGUGUUUAAAUAAGCAGUGAAAGGCCUAUUUUACUGCAAGCAGCAUUUCGUGACGAUUCGUGAUUUAUUUAUUUCUUUAGGCACGAGCGCCAAGGAUAUGCCAAUCGGCAAGCCUAAUCAGUAUUCCAGAUGGCAUAUCCGUGAAACAACAAUUGAUUUUACCAAUACACCAGGGAAACCCCCUACUCUUCUCGGAGGAUGUACUUGGUUCCUUAAAGUGCACACGGGACAAAUGCGUACACUGGGCCUACGGUUUAAAGUCCUUGUCGGAGAAGAAUUGCACAAUCGGAACCAUUGGCGAGUGAGCCGUUCGAACCAACUGCAGGGGGCGGAUUUACGGGAGCCCCCCCCCCCACCUUUUUUGAGAGGUAUUGGUGUGAACAGGGCUUAAAUCGAUGUAUUUAUUUAAAUUCAAAGCUUUUCUUGUAAAUGAUAUGUUUAAUAUUCCAAUUUUUAGUGAAAAAUAUGUGGAUGGCGGUCAAAUUAUUAUUUAUAUAACAAAGAGGAAGAAAACAAAUCAUAAUAUUUUU